AUGCCGCUGCAGGACGACACCCUCCGAGAAGUGUGGGCCUCAGACAGCGGACACGAGGACGAAGGCCCGAGCCCGGAGGCCCAGCGGCGCCCCAGGCAGCGACCCGCCCCCGGACAGAGGCUGCGGAAGAAGAGGACUGAGGCGCCUGAGUCCCCCUGCCCCACCGCACUCAAGCCCCGGAAACCCGGAGCGGGGCGGAGGGGACGGCCGCAGGAGGACCCUGCCCCUGCGCCCACCGUCUACGCCAAGUUCCUCAGGGACCCCGAGGCCAAGAAGCGCGACCCCCGGGAGACCUUCCUUGUAGCCCGCGCCGCAGACGUGGAGGACGAGGAGGAGGAGGAUGACGAUGAUGAAGAGGAUGAUGAGGAAGAGGAGGAAGAGGAAAGGAAAGAGAAAACCCCUAUGCGUCCCAAGAAGCCCCUCAAAGAGAAGACUUCUGCAGACAUGAAGGAGAGGAGGCCCAAGGCCCAGGGUGCGAGGGGGGACCGGGGAAGCCCUGACCCCCCAUCCAAACCUCUUCACAUUAAGAAGAAGGAAGCCCCAGCCGGGGAGGGGACCAAGAUGAGGAAGACAAAGAAGAAAGGGUCAGGGGAGGCUGACAAGGACCCCUCAGUGAGCCCGGGCAGAGUGAAGAAGAAGACCCCAGCCGCCAUGUUUCUGGUUGGGGAAGGUGGCCCUGCUGAAAAAGCUUUGAAGAAGAAAGGCGCUCCCAAAGGCCCAGAAGAAGAGAAAAAGGAGGAAGAGGAGGAGGAGGAGGGGGCAGCUGUGGUGACUAAGAACAGCAAUCAGAAGGGCAAAGCGAAAGGAAAAGGCAAAAAGAAGGCGAAGGAGGAGAGGGCCCCGUCUCCCCCCGUGGAGGUGGACGAACCCCGGGAGUUCGUGCUCCGGCCUGCGCCCCAGGGCCGGACGGUGCGCUGCCGCCUGACCCGGGACAAGAAGGGCAUGGACCGGGGCAUGUAUCCCUCCUACUUCCUGCACCUGGACACGGAGAAGAAGGUGUUCCUCUUGGCUGGCAGGAAACGGAAACGGAGCAAGACAGCCAAUUACCUCAUCUCCAGCGACCCUACCAACCUGUCCCGAGGAGGGGAGAACUUCAUCGGGAAGCUGAGGUCCAACCUCCUGGGGAACCGCUUUACCGUGUUUGACAACGGGCAGAACCCCCAGCGUGGAGGCGGCUCUGAUGUGGGGAGCCUUCGGCAGGAGCUGGCAGCUGUGAUCUACGAAACCAACGUGCUGGGCUUCCGCGGUCCCCGGCGCAUGACGGUCAUCAUUCCUGGCAUGAGUGCGGACAACGAGAGGGUCCCCAUCCGGCCCCGAAAUGCCAGCGACGGGCUGCUGGUGCGCUGGCAGAACAAGACGCUGGAGAGCCUCAUCGAACUGCACAACAAGCCGCCUGUCUGGAAUGAAGACAGCGGCUCCUACACCCUCAACUUCCAAGGCCGGGUCACCCAGGCCUCAGUGAAGAACUUCCAGAUUGUCCACGCUGAUGACCCCGACUACAUCGUGCUGCAGUUCGGCCGCGUGGCCGAGGACGUCUUCACCCUCGACUACCGGUACCCGCUGUGCGCCCUGCAGGCUUUCGCCAUCGCCCUCUCCAGUUUCGACGGGAAGCUGGCCUGCGAGUGA